AUGGACACUUUGCGCUGGCGUCUAGCGCAGCUGUCUGGCCGCCUCAGCGCCAACCGAUUCUGGCGGGUGGCCCGCAAGGGCUUCCCAGUGCUUCAGCAAAUGCCACAAGAGUCCGCCAAAGAGCGGACCUCGUACUCCCCGGACUUCUUGUACAUCCUCACCACGGACCGUGUGCGGAUGGCGGGGUUUGAGAAGGCCAUCGCCCAGCACUCGGCGUGCCGGGCGCUGGAGAUCGGCUGCGGGCCCUGGGCGCCGUUGGCAGAGCUCUGCCUGCGGCAGGGCGCGGAGGUCUUGGCGGCGGAGGGGUGCCCGAAGCACGCGGCCUGGGCGCGGCGGCAGUUGCGGGGCCGGGCGGAGGCGUGA